GCCUGGCAUCAGCCGAACCCGAAGCAGUUGCCGUUUCGCUUUCACAUCGCAUCGGCUGCGCUUGGGGCUCCUCUCGCGCGAACACGAACUCCCAACCGACUCACACACGAACAGACGGCGAACGGCGUUUUCGGCUUGGUCGCUCCUUCUGGACGAUAAACACGCACCAAGACCACAGUAGGCGUACGCGUGUUUUUGAAUCGUCGGGAUUUGUCUCUAUUCCUUCGCUGUCGUCGCGCUCGUAUUAUUGUUGUGCAUCGGAAUUGAACCACAGCAGGCGGGCAGGCUUGCGAUGGUCACGGGUUUUUGGAAGUGAUUUAUGCGUUGUUUGUGUUCCGGUCCGGAAGAAAAAAAAACUAGAAAAUACGGAUACUGGAGAAUCACGGCCAGUUUCCGAGUGUUGUUGUGAAGGUGAAAUUGAAAAAAAAAACACCGGUCAGAAAGGAGCGGGCACGAUUGUAUUGUUCGGGAAACGAGUGAGCCAGACACCGAACAAAAAGGUGAAUCAGAGGUGCCAUGGAUUAUUUAAAAAUGAUCAGAUUAGGGUUGCUGUGAUCGAAGUGAUUAUUUAGUGAUAGAGCGUGAUUGUGGAAAGGAAAAUCUGACAGAUUUAUUAAACAUCACCAAAGUGAAGAACGAAAUUGACGCAGUGCUGUGAAAUAUCGUCGGACGUGCAGCCUACUGCUUUAGACGACCAGGAACGCCUCUCCAACGACUUUUCCGGGUACAGACAAUCAACGAAUGCCUCAGCACAGCACUAGCAGUCACUAGGAGCAAACAUCAACAGCGAGCAACGGUCGGGAAACCCUCAUGGAAAGCAUGACAGAGCAUGGAAAAAUUAAUCCACUUUGAAAGGUUGACAAAAUAAACUGGCAUAACUAGGCAGGACCUCCACACGUUCCGUUCGUUUUUCGCGCAAUUGAGGUCCCCCCGAGGCGCGGUGAAACAAUCAAUGCCAAAUUGAUGAACUGAUUUAUGCAAAUCGGGUUUGCUGCCGAUAAAGAGAGAGAGAGACAGACAUCACAAGCUGUUGUUGAUUCCGCGAGUCGAUUCACGAAUCACGUUUACCUUACACAUCGUGCAGUGCCAUAAAAUAAUAAUCCUGACCCAACCCAACCCCCAAAAACCAAUAGGCGGGGGGUGAGCCAGGGCAAAAGCAAAAGCUGCUUCCGGUUUCCGGCGUUGGGGUUACCUCCGAUGAGGAGAAAAGUGUGCAGUUGUGAUUCUGCUCCAUAUGUGCAAUAAGUCGAUUCAUUUCGGUGGUUUCGGUGCAUUUUUGUGCUAGUCGCGUGUGAUCGAGAAGAAAUUGUUGGUUCGUGAAGAAGUGAGAAAAUCGUCGGGGAGAGAAUAAUGCAAGAAAAUAGCAUUGCAGCAGGGGCAGCAGUAGCAGUUCCGGUGUCCGGUGCGACAGUUACGGCGUCCGGCAUUUCCGGGACGGCGGGUGGUGGUGGCGGUGGAGGAGGAGGAGGCGGAGGUGGUGGGAGCGGUGGUCACCAUACAUCCCCCAGUAAUGCCACAUCUUCCGGACAGACGCCAGUGUCUUCGCCUAGCAAUAGUAGUAGUAUCAGCGACAUCGAUCAGGCCCAGUUCGAGGCGGACAAAAGGGCGGUGUACAAACAUCCACUAUUCUCUCUGUUGGCGUUGCUACUAGAGAAAUGCGAACAAGCAACACAAGGCUACAUUCCCUCCUCGAAUUCGUCCAGCCCGAAUGGGUCGAGCAAUGGUACCAGCGAAGGCGACAGCUUUGCCCGGGAUAUUCAGGCUUUCGUGCAAUUGCUAGAGAAGGAGAAACGCCCCCUGUUAACCAAUAAUUCCGAACUGGACGGCCUUAUGAUCAAAGCACUGCAAGUGCUGAGGAUACACCUGCUCGAGCUGGAGAAGGUGCAAGAGCUGUGCCGCGAUUUUUGCACCCGCUACAUUGCCUGCCUUCGUGGGAAGAUGCAGUCGGAGAAUCUACUCCGAUCGGAUUACGCCAUGGAGCACAACAACAACCUGUCCAACUCCAACAGUCCCAUCAACAGCCCGGAGCAGGAUCUCUCCGGAAGUGCUCAAGGAUUCUACCAAAACGCCGACUAUCUGUCCGGAAACGAUACCAAUGAAUAUAGCAAUAUGCAAGUAGGCCAAUUCCCUCAGCAGCCGCCUGCGCAAACGACUCCUUUCGAUCCUGUUCCACAAGAUCUUUCCAAUCCAAGUAAUCCGGUAGCUACUAACCACUUACCGGUAGGUCUUCCCGUCCCACAAAAUCCUCAAUAUCUGCCCUCUCCAGCCCAAAUCCUUGGAUCCACCCCUCUGAGUCAAAUCGGCGUCGCUCCAUUACCCCUGCUAGAUCCCUUCGCCAACGGUCAGCUGUCUCCAAGCGGUAGCUCAGAUGAACUCGACGACUCGGAGCUGGACGGCAGCGUUGACGAACACGGAAAACGAAUCAAACGAAGCAUUCUGCCCAAACACGCGACUAGCGUUAUGAGGGCUUGGUUAUUUCAGCAUCUAGUCCAUCCUUAUCCUACUGAGGAUGAGAAACGUGCAAUAGCCGCCCAAACCAAUCUCACGCUAUUACAAGUCAAUAACUGGUUCAUCAAUGCUCGACGCCGAAUCCUACAACCGAUGCUCGAUAAUAAUUCCGACAGUUCCGCACAAAGUCCACCACCCGAAGAUCUACAACAAGGCAAACGUCACUGGUCCGUUGAUAACCUCUUGGGCGUAGCACCUGUGCCAAGUCACCAUUAUCAGCUGGCCAACAUUGAAAACAUAAGCUCCAACGUCAACCGAGCAGCGGCAUUCAGCAAUCGCCACAAGCUCCACGCAUCCGCCGCUGCAGGGUCAAACCUAUACCCUAAUCCUGCGGUAAGUUCCGAAGAAGAAUCCAGCGAGUCAAGCCAUACUCAUCUAGUAGGCGGACGCUAACGCUUCAUGGACAGCUAGCAAAUCCAACGCAACCUCAACGUAAAUCUGCAAAAUCUAGUGUGCAACCAAAAUGCCAUAAUCAAGUCUAGUGUCAGGGACGUCUCGUUCCCGAAAUGUAUUUAUUUAGCAACUCCGUCAGAAAGCAACAAUUAUGCGAUAAGAAACACUACACUCAA